GGUAGGUCAUCUUUGUGUUUCUCUCUAGAAUUACUAGUCAAAUUGCUUUGCACCAUUUGGAUAUAUAUAUGGUUAUAUAUUGGAACAAGUAUCAACUCAUUUCUCUUCUCUCUCCUUUUUGAGUUCACAUGUUUCCCCAAAGAUUUCUUCUGGCUCUCUUCUUCUAAACACAUGCACCCCCUUCACAAUAACAUGAAUAACAUCCAUGGGUAUGGAGAAGACAGCAAUUCUGGCUGUUAUUUUCAUCCCAAAGAGGUUGUUGUUGGAGUUUGUGCACUUUGCUUGAAGGAAAAGCUUCUUGUUUUGGCCGCAAAGCAAGGCCACACCUACCACCACCACCACCAUUACCAUUCUUCUUCUUCAGCAAAAACAAGUCAUCAUCGUAAUUCCAGUUCUAACAAAAUUAAUGUCUCCGACAACAAGAAGCCUCCCAUUAAUCUUUCCAAAAUCUUUGCUUUGGGAUCGCUUCUCAAUCGCUUCGAAUUUGGCCAUUAUAAAUCUGAUGUUCCUGAUGACCAUGAUGCAUGUAGCAGCAGUCAAGAAGACUCAUUCAUCUCAAUGAAAUUUGAAGACAGUGGGGUGGCCUCAUGGGAGAAGGCAAACACAGUCUCAAAUAAGGUUUCACUGGAGCAUUGCAGCAUGUACUGGAAUAACCAAAACAUGAACACCAAAGAAUCCGUUGUUCAUAACGAGAAGAGUGUGAUAGAACAUGCAAAGGUGCCACGUGGCUCGUCGUCGCUGAGGUGGCAAAAGCGAAUUGGGCACUUGUUGCAGCUAGUGAAGUGGAAGAGAUCAAACAAGAGGAAUGUGCCUCAUGUAGAUCAUGGAGUCAAGGUGAGGAAAGGGUGGAUAAGAAGCCUCACAAAGAGAGCACCAAAUAAUAGAGCAACAGGGACUGUAUAGAGAAAGGAACAAUAGGCUCAAAAUUCUUACCAUCAUUGAGAUGGUAAGAGUCAAAAUUGCUCUAUUGAAAGUGGGUUUUUUUUUUUUCUUUUAAUUAAAAAAUAUGAUGGGAUCCUUGUAUUUUUCUGUUUCAAUUUUUUAUUAUAUAAACAGAAAAGGGUGUAAAAGAGUUGUUCCAA